UUUGUUUUAUUUGGGUUGAAUUGUCAAAUUACUUUUACAGAUGAAAGCCUCACUUUACUUAUUUAUUUUCCAAACUAAUCUCAUUCUGACAGCUAUUUUUAUACUGUUAACUUCCCGCAGACGGACCUAUAGCUUCAGAUCGGUCUGAGUUUGUUAUAAAAAUCUCAUUCAUAACUCGACAUCGACUCGAAAAAUAUGGGCAUUAUUAGGAGCUAAUUCCGAUAGUGAUCGGCUUUGUUUUGAUGCUUUCAAUUUCCAUUUCAUGGUCUUUAGGUAACACAUUGAAUUCCAUGCAUGAUGAGGUUAGACUCCAAUGAAAGGUCCCAACUCCCCCUAGAUGUUGUUGGUGAUAUUGUAAAUCGACUACAUACAUUCAAAGAUUUCAUAGCGGCUGCAGGGGUUUCCAAACCAUGGCGUUCUGCUUGUUUGAGCAUUAGUACAAGGCCUCAGCUUCCUUGGCUGAUGCUUUCCGAGACACCAUCCACUGACAAGCGAGGUUUCUUUAGUCUCUGCGAUAGCAAUCGUUAUCAAUUACGACUAUCUGAAGUCUGCGGCAAACGUUGUUGGGGAUCUCCACACGGUUGGGUUGUAACAUUGGGUCCUGACUACGAGACUCACCUUGUGCACCUUAUGAAAAGGGUACGCAUUUCUCUUCCACCACUAAACACAAUUCGAAGACAGGCUGCUAGAGAAGAGUGGUUUCGCCUUGUAAACAAAUUCAUUCUUUUCAAGGAGCCUUCUAAUGAGUUAUUGUUCCUUGUCAUUGCAAUUUUCGGGCCCAUGAAUCUGUUGGCUUUUGCUAGAGUGGGAGGAGGAGGAGCAACUUUGAACAGAAGGGGACGAGGUGAGUGGGCUUUUGUUACCAAUCCAAACAACAUGAAAUUCAAAGAUGUUGCAUGUUUUAAUGGUCAAAUGUAUGGACUUUGUGAGAAGGGCAUGCUGGUACGCUUCGAACUUGAUUCUCCUGUGUCAGCUGAGGUACAAGUUAUUUCUCCCCAUCCAGAAGGUGUAUGUGAACCCCAAAAACUAUAUUUGGUGGAAUCAUUGGACAAUCUUUUCGGGGUUUUUCGAUACGGAUUUUAUAUUUCUUCAGAGAGGAGGCACGAGACUGUAUCUUUUUUGGUCUACAAGUUCAACUUUAGUGCAUCAGCUUGGGAGGAAGUGACAGACUUGAAAGAUCAUGCUGUUUUUGUUGGGGAUGGCAACUCCUGGUGCUUUCCUACAAGCACUAUCCCUAGCAAAAGUAAUAGCAUCUACUUCACAGAUGACCAUUGGGAUUGGCAAUUGUACCCUGGAGUGGCAUAUGGAGGCUAUGAUGUGGGAGUGUUUGACAUGGCAAGCAGGGUUAUGCAGCCCCUUCCAUUCGGUAAGGACAAACCACGUUUUUAUUCUCGACCAACCUGGGUUACACCUACUGUGCGUUUGAAUUAGCUUUCUAAUGCCAUUGGCUUAACUGAAGAGUCCCUAACUUCUUUGGUGGCCAAAUACAAUUUGGCAUUCUGGUUCGUAAGCAGGACACAAUCUUAAGCUAAUUUUCUUGAAUAUUUGUAGUUGUGAUGCUAGCUACUGUGAAUCUAUAUAUUGUGUCCUGGAUUUGAAACAAAAUCUGAAAAUGCAGU